AUGCCAUACGCCCAAUUGAAAGCCACGCUCAUUGCGUGUUAUUCAAAGUCGAAAGAAGCUAAACUGCGUCAGCUUCUAGAUGGCGAAGCGAUCGAUGACCGAUCACCUUUGCAGUUCCUACGCCAUCUUAAAUCGCUCGCGCCAACUAUUGAUGAUGCAGCCCUGAGGGCAAGAUGGCUGGCAAACUUGCCUAAGAAGACACAAGAGCUUCUAGUCAUUUCUCCGACCACGGCUACCAUCGAUGAGUUAGCCAAGACAGCCGACAAGCUACAUGAGAUGUUUCCAGUGACUCACUCCGCUGCCGUAGCUUCAUCAUCAUCUUACCAGGAGACGAUGGCGCUGCAGAGACAAGUCAGCGAACUAUCUCGUCAGGUAGCAGCACUGACAUCAGCUUUCAACCAGAACCGCGGCAGAUCUCCAGCUCGAAAACCAAACCAACGCUCCCGAAGCAAUUCGAAGCCACGCAAGCUUGGUAAAACAGGCAUCUGUUAUUACCCCGCUAAGUUUGAUAAAACCGCGUGCAAAUGUACGCCAGGAUGCAAGUUCUCGGGAAACGUAAACGAGAGUCACUAG